AAAUGAUCGACAGUGAGUUUGAAAUUAGUAAAGUCAUUGGGAUGGGAGGAAGCUCAAAAGUCUUCCUCGCCCACACCUCUGAAGGUCACAAAGUUGCUAUUAAAGCUAUACGGAGGGAUAAAAAAUAUACUAAAUCAGCUGCAUCAGCAAUGUUGAAACGUGAAUAUGAGAUGCUGCAGAAGCUAGAAGCUCAUCCUAAUAUUAUUAAAUCCAUUGGGGGUAAUUUCGACGGAGAAGUUGUAUUGAAAUAACGAGUCUGAAAACAUUAUGUAUAACGUGUUAGAAUAUGCCCAACAUGGUGCACUCUCAAAAUUUGUUAGAUAUACAGGAGGAUUAGAGGAAGAAAUCGCAAGAUUGUACAUCUAUCAGAUCGCUGACGCUAUCCAAUAUAUUCACAGUUUAGGAUACGCUCAUCUAGAUAUUAAACUCGAAAACAUUCUUCUGGACAAAUUCUUCAAUAUCAAAGUUGCUGAUCUUGGUUCUUGAACUAAUAUUGCGGAUAAAAAUGGUUUUACACGAGUCAGGAGAGGUACUUUGCUAUAUAUGGCUCCUGAAGUUGCUGCCUUAAAAUCUAAGCAAGAAUUCGACGCAAGAUCUGCUGAUAUUUAUUCACUUGGAGUCACUAUAUAUUUAUUAUUAACCGGCGAAUUCCCAGAUGCUGAAGAGGUUCAGAAUAGCUUUAUCACAUGUGCUUCUGAAAGGAGAGAGACAUUGGAUACAGAGAUGGAAGAGAAUUAUAAAAUGAAGGAUGCUUUUUCUACCCUUUCUGAAGAGGUGAAACUUUUGAUCCAAAAUAUGCUUCAUCCUGAUGCUUCCAAACGGCCUAACAUUAACCAUGUUUUAGAGUAUUCGUGGUUGACAAGGCCUUUCUCGUCGGAUAUUCUUGAAGAAGUAUAUAAUGAAAUGAACUAUCGCAAGAAAUACAUAGUGGAUUAUUGAAAGAGCCACAAGGCUCCUCUUGGGCAAGCAGCCCUCGAAAGUUAAACACAAACCAUUAAGAGUUACUUGAUUUAUGUCCGGUUAUAUUUUUCAUCAAUAACUCGGUGAUAUAGUGACUUGGUAUUUAAUAAUC